AUCAGCAGCGCGAGUGGAAGGUGUACACAACACAAAACACGGGCGAACCUUCACACGCUCGCUCCUUACACGUAGCCAACGUGUACGGACAAGCAUCGUCAGUAAUUGAGGCCACCAUGAAGGCCAGCCUCCUGCUCCUGCUCGUGCUGGGGGCCUCGGAGGCGGCCAGGGUCCUCUCCGUCGUGCCGUUCCCGGCGGUCAGCCACCAGGGACCCCUCAGGACGAUGAGCCUCGAGCUGGCCAGGAGGGGCCACCAGGUCACCUUCAUCACCACCAACCCCUCCAAGAAAAGCUUUGCGAACUUCACUGAAAUUGAUAUAUCUGCCUCAUACAAGUACCUGAGAACAACCUCUGAUUGGAUGGGGAUGGCCCAUUGGACAGCAGCUGACAUGAUAUUUUCAUGGAAGCGGCUAGGGGCUGCUCUGUGUGAGGGUGAACUGAGUUCUCCGGAGAUGCAGGAAUUCAUAAAGUCAGCUCCAAAGUUCGACCUGGUUAUUUUGGAACGGUUGCUGACGCCGUGCUUCUACGGUUUAAUUCAUAAAGUGGGCUCCCCGCCUCUCAUCGGAUACAUUACCGUAGGCGCAAUUAUACCCAGCCUCUGGACUGAUGGCAAUCCCAGUAAUCCAGCUUACCUUCCAGACAGCGUGGUCACCUCUUCACACCGUAUGUCAUUCUGGGAGAGACUUUACAUGACAUAUAUAUGGCUAUACACAAAUUAUUACUACUUCUGUGUAAUGAUGCCGGAUCAAGACAAAAUCCAGAGAAAAUAUUUCGGGCCAGACGUUCCAUCAGUUUAUGAAACUGAAAAAAAUUUCAGUUUAAUGCUCAUAAACAAUCACUUCAGUAUAAACUACCCUCGACCGCAUCUGCCAAACACGAUAGAACUGACUGGACUGCAUGUGGAAGCCGAUUCGCCGCCUCUUCCUAAGGAUAUACGAGAUUGGCUGGACGGUGCCGAAUAUGGCGCCGUGUAUUUCAGUCUGGGAUCCACUUUGCAGGCGAGUACGAUGCCAGAAAAUAAAAGGCUGGCGUUUCUCGAGGGUUUCAAGAAACUCCCGCAGAGGGUGCUGUGGAAGUGGGAGGAGGACAUGGACGACCUGCCGCCCAACGUCAAAGUCUCAAAGUGGCUGCCUCAGCAGUCUGUACUAGCACAUCCCAAUGUCCGUGUGUUCAUCACUCAGGGCGGUCUGCAGAGCUUUAACGAGGCAGCCCAUUACGGAGUUCCUCUACUGGGGAUUCCUUUUUUCGGCGACCAGCACCACAACGUGGCGAAAAUGGUCGACGCCGGCAUCGGCAUUGAGCUCAAAUUCUGGGACGUCACGAGAGACUCGAUUUCGGACGCCAUUCGAAGGCUUACUGAGGAUAAAAGGUUCAACGAAAACAUGAAGCAGUUCUCAGCCGUCUACCGCGAGCAUAAGGAAGAGAGCCUUCCUAAGGCCAUGUGGUGGAUCGAGUAUGUACUUCGACAUAAUGGGGCUCCACAUCUGCGCAGUGCUGCAAGAGACCUGACCUGGUAUCCAGUGUCAACAAGGAAGCGUUACUAG